AUGAACCUCUUCAUCGGUUUGUUGUACUCCAUCGUUUGCGUGGCGGUCGUUUCUGGCCAGCCGGACAUCCCUAAGCAGGCGACACUGACUCUGGACGAAGUGAAGUUGAAAAUCUUCGCCUACCCGAACGAGGCAGAGACUCAAUGCGACGACAUCUCGGUGAGUACGAUGGCGUUGAUGUGCUGCAUUCCCCGGCCGGAUGCCUUACUUCGGGUGGAAGUGUACUGGGUCGGAGAUUUGUUUCUGUUCGGCACCGCCGGGCUCGUUCAGUGCUAUCAUUGA